AUCAACUUCCGUGAAAAUCGAUUAGAAGACGUCUUUUGCUGUACUUGAUUGAAAAUUUUUAAAUAACAUAAAGCACGCUCUGCGUGCUAUUGACUGGUUUGCUAAAAUGGAAGUUAGCACCGAAAUAAGUCAAAAGAUUCGUUCUGCCAUUAAGGCGAAAUUAAUGGAGCUAGGAGCUUAUGUCGACGAUGAAUUACCUGAUUACAUAAUGGUCAUGGUUGCAAACAAGAAGUCUCGUGCACAGAUGAGCCAUGAUUUGGGACUUUUUCUGGGAGGUAACACCGAAACUUUUACUGGAUGGUUGCACGGUCUUCUCAGUAAAUUACAAACAAUAACUGUUGAUUCGGGUGAUAAAAAGAAAGAUAAAGUCAAAGCAUCCAAGGAGAAGAAGAAAGACAGAAAAGAAGGCAAGGAAAAAAAAUCAAAGAAAAGAAGCAGCUCGGAAUCCAAAAAAAGGUCCUCAAGUGUUGGUGACAAAAGUGACUCCAAUUCCAAACAAAGUAGUGAAAUUAUUUCAAAAGAAUCAAAUACUGAGUCGACCACUCGAGAUAAUGAACAUACAGCAACCAAACCAGUUGAAUCUGUUCAAAAGACUAGUGACAUAGUUAUUGAAAUUACAGAACAAGAAGAGAUUCCAUUAAAUCUAGAUUUAGUAGAGUCAGAUUUAAGUGAUAAAAACAAAACAGAAAGCACCAAAAUCAAAAAUGUUCAUGAAGAUGUUGAGGAUGUAAGACAGCUUUUAGUUACUGUAACUCAAGCAGAUGAGCUUGCUGAAGAAUUAGAAACAACUGAACAAGAAGUAGAGCAGUCAAGGCAGAAAGCUGAAUCAUUUACAAAACUUUCUUCAACUCAGGCAGCUACUCAGGAAAAUGAAACUAAAAAGAAAGAAACUGUUACUGCCCAUCUAGUUAACCGUGAGAGUUUGAGUAGAAGCCCUAGCCCAGAGAAAAACAACUUGUCUACUAUUUCUAGGAAACGAAAGAUACCAACAUCAGUUGUUGCUAGUGUUCGCAGAGGAGAUGAGGAAGAAUAUGACCCAUACAACCCUGCUGUUGGCAGUGUAGCAAGUGUUGUUAAAGUGACUACUCGAAAAUCCAGUGUGCCUGCCUCUCUACAGGCCAACAGAGCUUUACUUAUGAAAGCAAUGUCCGAUGCAGAAAAAUCCAUCGCUGUCAAACGAAAGAUUGGUGUGACACGGCCCAUGAGCCGUGCUGAUUCACCUGCAGAAGUCUACUCACCUAAACGAAAGAGAGAACAGUCCCAUGCUGAGUCUAGCCCUCCGCCGUAUAUACCCUCAAGAAAAGAGGAGUCUAGCAGGCAUCGCACUGGCCAGCAUGCUGAUCAUCGUACUGUAUCCCGCAGUGAAUCAGGACAUUUGCUUAGCAGAGAAGAUCGCAAAGAGCUCAUUUCAAGGUCUCGGCGGGAGGAACUCCUAAGAACAAUAGGCAUUGACCGUGACUCCUCACACAAAGUGGAAUCACUGACAUCCCCAGAAAGGAAAAAAGAAGCAGCUGAGAAAGUUGCCAAGUAUGAAAGACAUGCCAAAGAUGACGUGGAGGCAGAGAGAAAAUUUCAAAUCACCUCCAAUGUUGUGAAAGGGUCAUCAGCAGGAGAUCACAGAAAGGAACGCAGCCCUUCCCCUCCCGUCAGAAAGUCUGUAGUGCCAAGUCAGGGUACUGGUACAGAGAACAAAAACCCUAUCUCUGAAAGGUUGGGUAAAAUAGUUGUUGAGCGAAGAAGAUCAGCAGAUUACACAGAUGCUAGAGAAGAAAUAUCUAGAUCCAUCCAUGGCAGUCUACAUCGCGAUGCCAGGGAGGAUAUAAAGAUGAGAUCCAUUCAAAGCAGUGUCAGGCAUGAUGCUCGUGAAGACAUCAAAGCUAGAUCAAAGGCUAGGCAGGAUCUUAGGGAGUCCAAAUCUAGAGAUGUAAAACAUAGUGGGGCUAGAGUUUUGUCCCAGUUGGGUAGAGAUGCUGUACAGAAACAGUGUCAAGCUGCUGUCAUGUCUGUGACUACAUCUAAAGCAGUUGAUAAAUCUAAGCACCGGUCCAGCCCUGAUAGCAGAGUUGUUUGCUGUGAUACCAAGUCUGUGAGUAGUGAUGAUGGAAAGGAUGUGGAGCUGGGAAGAAGAAUUAAAACAGAACAUUUGGAUGAAGCAGAGAGGAUGGGAGAAGAGGAGCCAGAAGAUUUGGCACACAUGAUUGGUGAUGACCUGGAGCCUGAGAUUUUAGAACCUCAGGAUGAGUUUACACUGGAUUUAGAUGAGGAUGAUAUUACCAAUGUGGUGGGUGACAUUGUGGAUGAUGUUGAGGAGAAUACAGCGAUGGAAAAACCUGAGCAAAAGCUAGGCACCAGGUUUAUUGUAACUCUAGAUGGCGUGGAUGAAAGGCAGUUUGAUGUUGCGGAUGGCUCAUAUGAUAAAUUCAGGAGACCUUUAGUUGGAUCUUCCAUGCCAGUGCUUAGUGCAGACCAACAAAAUGAGAAACUGCUUCUGGGGAUUCUUGCAACUCAUGGAAGACCCAUGGCGCAAGGUGUUCUACAGCAAGGUGUUCUGCCAAUCACGAGGUCAUCAACCCCACCUCAGGCUGCCAACAAACUUCAGCCCCCUAAAAUCCAACCUUUCUCAAUAAGCCUAAAAGAUUCAGAUGACGAGCAUGAAGAAAAAGAUCACAAGCCAGCACCUAGUAGCUACGAGCAAACAAACGUAGAGAUGGAGGCUGAGAUAUCGCCAAUCAAAAGGGCCAAAAUGUCAGAAAGAUGUAAAUUUUGGCCGGCUUGUGCAGCUGGAAGUGCUUGCGAGUACCACCACCCUACAACCCACUGUAAAACUUUUCCUAACUGCAAAUUUGGAACCAAUUGCUUGUUUAUUCACCCAAAUUGUCGCUAUGAUUCCAAAUGCAGCCGCCCUGAUUGCCCGUUUACCCACACCAGUCGAAGAUCGAGCAUGGCUAAUGCUCCUAGAGUGAUUGCUAUUCCCCAGCCUCAUGUCAUAUUCUCAGCUGCUCCUCAAAUACCUCACUACAGUGCCCAGAGUUUCAAUGCUGCCCAGACCACCUGCCGUUUCUAUCCAAACUGUCUGAACGUCAACUGCGCAUUUUUACACCCCAAGCCCUGCCGAUUUGGUGUGGCCUGCAAGAGCUCAUCCUGCCCUUUCUACCACCCACCUCUGCCAGAAAAAAGUAAACUCAAGUGGCAGGCACAGAUCAGUGAGCCUAAGGAGAGUCUUUCAAAGGUACCUGUUGUGGACUCCAGUACUAAUAGUCCUACCAUCCCUACCAGUUUGACGGCAGUGUCGUCCACAAGCCAAUGAAUUAGUUGUUUUUUUUUCAAUUUAGAUUACUACAAGUGCUGAAGUGAGGCAAAUAAUUCAUUCACUUGAUAUCAGACUAUCAUCUGAAUUUAAUGUUACAAUAAAUUUCUAAUCAUCUUAGUAUUAUAUAACUAAUGUAGUGUAUAUAUUUGAAGCAGUGUUAUUUAGACAUUGUAAUGAUUAUUUCAUAAUUUAUUUUAGAUCAUAAUAAAUUUGACCAUGUUUCAUAAUUGAUCAUAAACACAGAAUUUUAGGUUAAUUCACCAGUGUUAAAUUUAAUGAUUUAAAAAGUUAAUAUAAAAUUAAACCAUAAUGAUAAUGGGUUUUUAAUGGUUUCAUUGCAUCUUGGUAUAAUUAUAAUUCAGUCUAUGCAUCAUUUUGUUUCUGUGAACAAGGUCCCUGAAUUUUAAGUUUUGUUUCCUAACACUGGUCUUUUUAUAAAAUGUAAAAUCUUGAAAAGUUUGUUUACUUAAACCCUCACUCAGACUCUUCUUGGUAUCAAUUGUUAAAUAUUUUUCUUUUUACACACUGACUCAUCUUAAAUUUUAUUAAAAUUGUUGCAGCAAUUAUA